ACGACAACUCCAAUGCUGUAUUAUGAAAAUAAUAAAAAGAAUAAAAGAGUGGUGAAAUUUCCAGAAAGGCAUCCAUUUGCCUUUUAUGCGUCUUCUACUAUCAAUCUCGAUCUCAGUUUCUCCACAAUUCCCAAUUGGCUUGAAGGAUUGUUCUCAUUUGGGUAGCACCAACAAUGGCAGAGGAAGUGAAGCUGUUGGAUUUCUGGCCCAGCAUGUUUGGUAUGCGAGUUAAAAUAGCUCUGGCCGAGAAGGGCGUGGCCUAUGAGUAUUUGGAACAAGAUCUGAGGAAUAAGAGCCCUUUACUUCUUGAAAUGAACCCGAUUCACAAGAAAAUCCCCGUUCUUAUUCAUAAUGGAAAACCCAUUUGUGAAUCUUCCAUUAUUGUUCAGUAUAUUGAUGAAUUUUGGAAUGAUAAAGCUCCUUUGUUGCCGUCUGAUCCUUAUGAGAGAUCUCAGGCCAGAUUCUGGGUUGAUUUCAUCGAUAAGAAGAUUUAUGAAAGUGCGAAGAAGAUAUACACGAAAAAGGGAGAGGAGCAAGAGGCAGGGAAGGAGGAGGUAAUAGAAAUUUUGAAGCAACUAGAAGAAGUUCUGGGGGAGAAGGAUUAUUUUGGAGGUGAAUGUUUUGGAUUUUUAGACAUUGGUUUGAUUGGAUUCUCCUCAUGGUUUUAUGCGUAUGAGACCAUUGGGAAUUUCAGCAUUGAGGCUGAGUGUCCAAAGAUAAUAAGUUGGGUGAAUAGAUGCUUACAAAAGGAGAGUGUUGCUAAUUCUCUGCCUGACCCCAAAAAGGUUUGUGAGUCUUUGCUUCAACUGAAGAAAAGGUUUGACUAAAUUUGUUCCUUGUCUCUAGUUUCAGUUUGGAAGUAGAAGUGGAAGUGGAAGGAUUAGUUAAUUAAAUACUACUUUGUUACUUUCUUUGUUGGGAUGCUUUUAAAUGAAAAAUGUUUCAUUUGCACAUUUUGAUGUGUGUUUUGAACAUUAUUAUUAUCAUUCAAUAAAUGCCAUGUGCCCUUUCAUAA